ACUGCAGACGUUUCAGGGGAUGACCAGAGACUGCGGACAGUGGCGGAGAUGACCAAGAGACUGCGGGGAGUGCAGGGGAUGACCAGGGGACUGCGGACACAGUACAGGGGAUGACCAGAGAUGCGGGGCAGUACAGGGGAUGACCAGAGACUGUGGACAGUACAGGGGUGACCAGAGACUGUGGACAAAUGCAGGGGAUGACCAAGAGACUGCGGACAGUACAGGAGAUGACCAGAGACUGCGGACAGUACAGGGGAAGACCAAGAGACUGCGGACAGUAUAGGGGAUGACCAAGAGACUGCAGACAGUUACAGGGGUGACAGAGACUUGCGGACA